UCAGAAAGCCAGGAGGAACCAGCCAUUUUCGUUGCAUCGUUGUUUCCCUCAAUAAAUACUUUCUGAAACAUAAACUUAUGGCUGGCGGUGAUCGAUUCUUGCGGGAUCCAGUCAUUGUAAGGUUCAAUUCUCGAUUUUGGGAUGGGAUUCUUGUUCUUGUUUAAGGAGGAGGACGAGGAGGAGAAAGGAAGGGGAGAAUAAGCUAAAGAAGAUUGCAGAGGUUUCUGUUUUAAUUUUUGUUUGAUAGAUAUAAAAAUCCAACUUUUCAAUGUCUACCUUGGGCAAGCCAGCAAACAUCUUUUGGCAUGAAUGUCCAGUUGGAAAACUUGAAAGGCAGAAGCUACUACAGCAAAAGGGAUGUGUUGUAUGGAUUACAGGUCUCAGUGGGUCAGGGAAAAGCACAUUGGCAUGCUCAGUAGGCAGAGAACUGCACAAUAGAGGAAAGCUUUCCUACGUCCUUGAUGGAGACAACCUUAGGCAUGGACUGAACAAAGACCUUGGUUUUAAAGCAGAGGAUCGUGCAGAAAACAUACGCAGGGUUGGGGAAGUAGCAAAGCUUUUUGCAGAUGCCGGUUUAAUCUGUGUUGCUAGUCUGAUAUCUCCAUACAGAAGAGACCGAGAUGCUUGCCGUGCCCUUUUGCCAGAUGGUAGUUUUGUUGAGGUUUUCAUGAACAUGCCUCUGAAAGUUUGUGAGGAGAGGGAUCCGAAAGGCCUUUACAAACUUGCACGUGAAGGGAAGAUUAAAGGUUUUACAGGUAUAGAUGAUCCAUAUGAACCACCCUUGAAUUGUGAGAUAGAGAUACAACAGAACGAUGGGAUUUGCCCUGCUCCAUCCAUUAUGGCAGGACAAGUUGUGACGUACUUGGAGGACAAAGGCUUCCUGCAUGAGCAGUGAUUGAUCAACUUCUACUUCUGUUCCUUAUUGCAUCCUCUCUUUUUCUUUUUCUUUUGUUUUUUUAUGAAGUCUUUGUAGAUGAUUAUGACAAUCGAAGACAUUCUUUAUUUUAGGCCUUAUUGGUAGAGCAUGGGGUAUUUAAUAGCAGUGGGUUCCUGUAAUCCGUCGCAUUUAGUUAUGCAGUUGUUGGUAUAUAUCUAAGAUGCAAAUGACCAUGAGAUCCAUUUAGAGUUUUUUCAUUAU